CUCAUCUUGUCUUCAUAGGUCUUCUUUGAUUCAGUCGUUUAGUUUCCCUGAGAAGAGGAAUGAAGAAAAACAUCUGGUUUUUGUUUCGAAACACCCUGAAAAUGUAUUUAAGAGUGGUGCAAAAGUUAAAUUACAUCUGACUGCUGCUCCACUCAGGAUGGUGUGCGUGUGCGUGUGCGUGUGCGUGUGCGUGUGUGUGUGUGUGUGUGUGUGUGUGUGUGUGUGUGUGUGUGUGUGUGUGUGUGUGUGUGUCACAGCUCUAAAUCACACACACCACUCCAUCACUGGUGAAAAAGUCUCCUUCUGUAAUUUAAAGAGAAAUGUUGUUUUUUAAAUAAAUCAGACUCACAUUUACGUCUGUCUGUUCAACAAUAAGUCAUUUAGGUUUAUUUUUCAGGAUUUCCAGACAAGAGUUUUAAAAUGUCUAUGCUUUGUGCCAUUCUUCUUGUCUGCCAAGGCGUGUGGGUGUUUAGUAGUAAAAUAUCUCCUGGACCGCUUGAUUGAUGAAACUCUCAAACAUGAAACAGCGGCUGAACAUCCAUCACUGUGACGCUUGGAGUCAGUCCAACUAAAGAUGGCAGCUAGAACAAAUUCUGUGUGUUUCACAGCUAAAAUCUAAUGUUUUCAUUCUCAUUAAAGGUGCAGUGUGUAAAAAUAAAGUAAGAUGACAUCCAGUGGUCAGAUUUUGUUACUGCAAUCUCUCAAACGAACAAGAUAACUUUUGUGUGGCUCUUAUGACUGGCUUUGGUUCUUUAAACAACUCUGGAUCUUUUUGCCAGCUGUAGUCAAAUUAACGCUGUAGCGUUAGCUCGCAGGAGACACCGCAGCCUCACACUCUGAUGUAAUUACAUCCCUCCUUCCUUUAUUUUGAAAGGAUAAAAACUAACAAUCCCUCUAUCCCCGCCGACUGAGAGUAAAAUGUGUUUCUGCACAACUUUGCUUCAUAAUUGAGACAUUAGACUUUUUUGAGAUUAUUUCGCCUUACUUUAUUUUUACACACUGACCCUUAAGCCUGAUUCCUGCUUCUCCGUCUGCGUCAGUGCGGAGAUACGCAACGCCAUUAUCCGUCCUUGCGGGCCUGCUGGAGAGCUCCGCAAGGACGGACGGAGUCGAGCUCUCUUUUCUAAACAUCCGUCCGUCGAGACAGGCAACGCAAGCUUGUGAUUGGUCAGGACGCCGCUGUCGUCUACACCGCCGCCAUUGCGCCCUCAAAAACAUAAAGAGAGCCGAGAAUAACAAGCGGCAGACACGGAGAAGCUUGAAGAAUACCUCGCGAAAAAACUCUAAAAACAUGAACGUUUAAUUCCCCCGUGACUGGAGGAGUGAAAAGAUGCGCAGCAAGCAUUUUAUUUGUGGACGGAAAUGACAGGAAACGUGGGUUUAGAGGUGGUGAGCGCAUGAAGAGGUGGAGGAUGAGAGACAAAUUUGUCUGUGUUAAAAAGUCUCUUAUAUAGAAAAACACAAUAUAAACACAUAUCUUGGACCGGAUACAUGGCAGGAUACCACAGAACAACGCUACGCCCUCUGCUGUCCUGGUGGGGAAUUGCUUUGCAACACUCUCCAGGAGACGGAGAUUUCUGAGGGCUAAACAUCUCCGUCCGUGCGUGCGUGUCUGUCCCUCUUGGAGCAGACGGAGAAGCAUGACUCAGGCUUUAGAGGUCUAAGCUGCAGCUGUUACACACCUGCUUAGACUCUAUCAAAACCUGGAUGGUGGGAGCUUUCUUCAGCUGAAUGAAGAUUAGACUGAGAUCCUCAUCUGUGCCCCAGACAAGCUGGUUCCCAAAGUCAGAGACUCUCUUGGUCAGCUUGCUUCCCACACCAAAUCUUCUGUCAGGAAUCUUGGCGUGACCUUUGACCCAGCUCUCACCCUGGAUUCUCAUGCCAGUUCUCUUGUUCGCUCUUCCUUCUUCCAUCUCAGGAACGUUGCUAAGCUGAGUCCCAUUCUGUCAUGCUCUGAACUUGAGACGGUUCUCCACACCUUCAUCUCCUCACGCUUAGACUACUGUAACUCUCUUUUCACGUGUCUGAGCAGAACCUCCCUGAACCGUCUACAGGUGGUCCAGAAUGCCUGUGCUCGGCUUCUGACCAAGUCCUCCAAACACACCCACAUCACCCCGCUUCUCCUCCAGCUUCACUGGCUGCCAGUCAACUUCAGGGUUCAUUUCAAGAUCCUGGUUCUGGUCUAUAGGGCCUUACAUGGACAAGCACCGUCUUACAUUGGUGAUCUUCUUAGUCCCUACACCCCCAGCAGGUCCCUGAGGUCCAGUGAUCAAAGCCUACUGGUUGUGCAGCACCAGGCUAAAGGUCAAAGGUGACAGAUCAUCUGCUGCUGUGGCCCCCAGACUCUGGACCUCUCUCCCCCUGAGCCUGAGAUCAGUGGACUCAGUGGUCUCCUUUAAAAAGCAGCUGAAGACUCACCUGUUCAAGCUGGCUUUUGGAUGACCUUCUUCACCUCUCUCUCUUUAUUCUGCUCUCCCCACCUAUUCCACCUUCCUCAGGAUCCUCUGAUAUCCCUCUUUCCUAUUCACUCUCUCUCUUUCUCUACAUUUUUACUCACAAUUGUCUAUUUUUUGCUCAUUUUCAAUAUAUUUUUAAUCAUUUUCUAAAUUAUUUUUUAUAUCUUUACAAUUUUUGUUUGUGAAGCGCCUCGUGAUUUUUAUCUUGAGAGGCGCUAUAGAAAAGAUCUUCUCUUCUUCUUCUUCUUGAACUAAAGAUGUUUUGUUCCUAACAAUAUUUUAACUCUUGUGAUUUCUCAACCUAACUUCAUAAAUUCUUUUAAACUCUUAUCAUGAAGGAUAUAGCUCUAACUGUACUAAAUACAGCUAAUCUUACUGAUUUUCCUCAUAUUCCUGCUUUAGCCGUCCUGCUCCUCUGUAGCAGGGAUGUUUAGACCUCAUCUCAUUCUUCUCCACUUGUAACGUUUUCGGUUGCAGCAGCGAUAAGCCCAGCUGUGAUGACGUUGGCACUUUGUAUUGUGUGAUUGUGUUCAGAGCUCAGAAGGGAGAGGUCGGCCCCACAGGCUGCUGCUGCUGGUGAAUCAGCAGGAUGUGCCACCUCUGAGCGGGCUGAUGAUGCUUUUAGAACAUAAAGGAUCUGCUCUGAGCUGGAAAAUAACCGUUUGAUUUGCUGAGCUAGAAUGAAGUUAGAUGUCCUGUGGCACAAAGUUGAUUUAGUUUAGACCGAGGGAGUCGUCAGGUUUAAAAGUUGUGCCGUUUUUGUUUUGAUUUGCAAACAAGAGAUUGACCAUUUUUUUUAUUAUCUUUAUUUCAUUUAAAAAAAAUAACACAACGGAUACAAACAAUAUUCAUGAAAACACAAUAUAUAUUUGAAUGAAAGGGAGCAGAUAGAAGAACAAUCUUAUUAUUUCUGCCCCCUUUUUAAACUUAAAUAUCAAUUUAUAUUUGUGCAGUCCCUCACCAGUUCUUUCAGUCCCGUAACUGUUCACAUUUGUUAAUUGUUAUGUCCACAUCAAUUGUCCGUUGUCAUAUCCACUCAACACACGUGAUUUAAUGUGUAGACUGAACACUUUUAGAGUUCUUGACUCUUUCCAUUCUCUGUCCAGGCAAUUCCACAACUUCACAUCAUUCACAGAUAUGCUCAUUUGCUUCAUUCUUGUUCUAAAUCUAGGUUUUUUGAAGAUUUCAAAUCCCUUCAACGAAUAACUGCUAUCUCUCUUUUCAAAUAUUUGCUGAAUAUUCUUUGGCAAUGUACCUUUAUUUGCUUUAUACAUUAUAUGCAAUAUUCUCCAGUUGACCAAAUCAUGAAAUUUAAUUACUUUAUAUUUUAUAAAUAAUGGGUUAGAUGGAGCUGUACUAUGUGCUGCCCACAUGCUCUUCACUGAGAGUCGUCAUCCUGAAUAAUCUGAUCGUAGAAGUUCUGGUGAGUCGCUCAUGUAUCGUUCUGGCUCUCCAGCUGAUUUAGAGGCACAUUUUAGUGUUUUCCUGCUGUCGUAGUCAAAUUCCAAUCUUGGCACAUUUUUCCUUCUUACAAAGUUUCCAUCAGAGAGAGUUUCAGAUAAAACUUCUUAGUUGUGGAAUGAUCUUCCUCUUGUUGUUGGGCAGAUUCCUGCAGUAGUGGUCAUCAAACCCGGGCUGAAAACUCAUUUUUAUUUGCUGGCUUUUUGUUCAGUGGGUCUCCGAUGCCACCACUUAGGGAUGUACAACACAUCCGCAUCAAUAUCGGUAUUGGCCGAUGUUAGUCAGUUUUUAACAUAUUGAUAUUGGUCUGAUAAUUAAAACUGGGCCAAAAUGUUUCUGUUUAUUGUAACGUCAUGAAGGAUUUUGUUUAUGUUUAUGUAUUUAGCAGACACUUUUGUCCAAAGCGACUUACAAGUGAUAAUCGACAUGUUGCCCUUGAGGCUAACAACAACAACAACAACAACUUGACAUCAACUUGUGCCGUCAGAAUGGAGGUGGUACAAACUGCCGCCACCCAGCAGUCAGAAGCCGUUUUUACAAACAAUGUCGUCAUUUCGGCAUCAAGGAUUCUUUGGUCAUUUAUAAGCGGUCAGACAGACAAUUACCGCAAUAUUACUACCAAGCGAGGCAUAACGAAUGCCGCAAAAUGAUUGCAUCGGUACACCGUUGCUGUAAUUAUGCUGAUCUGCCGGCACGGUGUGUCUUGUAAAAAGGCUAGAAUGAGAAUUUCACCACACGAAUGAAAUAAUGUAAAUGUUUAAUUUUUUGUGGUUCUUCAUCACACACAGAGCAAAUAGAGCUAGUUUUUACCUUGGCUGGCAUGCCUCAGCGACUACUGCUGCCUUCAUCAGAGCAACCGCUGAUGUUGGUGGCAUCGCUUCUGUUUGUCUGUGGGCAGCAGAGGACGAUCUCGCCCUCUGCUGCCCACAUGCUCUUCACUGAUUUCUAAGUCCCAUGGGGAAUCGUACAUCCUCAAUAAAGAAAUCUUUACGCUGAUUUUGUAAAUCGAUUCAACUUCUGAAAAAGAAAUAGUGCGAUAUUUCAGUGUAGUUAUUUUCCUAUUGUCCUACUUAUAUUAAUUAAAUAUUGGUUAUUGGAUAUAUCAGCGAUAUUAAUAUGGAAUAAUGAUAUCGGGCUACAUUUUCACAUCGGUGCAUCCCCGCUGUUAUUUUAUGUUUUUUCUUUUGUACAUUUUAUAGUUGUGCUGUAAAGCACCUUGGUUGGUUUUAAAGUACUAUAUAAAUAAACUUCGGUAUUAUUUGGUGUGGUAAAGCUUUUGGUACUUCUGACUCAGCAUUUUAAGGAAGUCAGGACCAUCUUUUACGUCUGUCUUUGACCUCGUAUUCGGCUCAAGUCUGAAACUUGUUUAAUUAUUACUGAGUGGGUUAAUGUGAGUGAUCACCCUCCAGACUCCUGACUGGUGCUCUUAAACUGGCUGAGAUCUCCUCCCAUGGGUGGGGGAGUCUGCCCUCCCCCCAUUGGUCAGACAUUGGCUGGUAUCUGAAAACAGACUCAAACAUUCCUGUCUCUGUUGUCUCUGCUGACAAGGACACCGAGGGCUGGACGUUCAACAGAGGAGAAAAGGUGGUGGAACACCGACACGUGAUGGAAUGUGACUCAAACAGAGUCGAGGUGAUAACGGUGAAACGAGUCAGAGCUGGUUGACUUCUGCGCAUAAUGUUAACUUUGGGUUUUUAGAGGACAGGGAAAUAAAAUAAUCCCUUCAGAGGUUUUCUUUCAGACCUACUCAUGACGUUGUUUACAUUAAUGAAGUUUCCCAGCUGCCUCGCUGGCUCUCUGCAUGCUCAGCUACUUACAGCACAAACACUAGAUUACAGCAAGGACGCCGGACGGGACAGUAGCCCCGCCUCCCUUGUUAUAAUCUCUAAAGAAUUCUGUGCAGCACAAGGUGUGUGCGUGCGUGCGUGCGUGCGUGCGUGUGUGUGUGUGUGUGUGUGUGUGUGUGUGUGUGUGUGUGUGUGUGUGUGUGUGUGUGUGUGUGUGUGUGUGGUGCAGGAGGAAGAGGAGGAAGGCCUCUACUCUUUGCUCAUUCGGUCUUUAUUUAUCUUUUUAUUUACCUGAAGUGUUUUUUAGGAUUGCUGAAGCGAGGCGAGUAGAAAUACGUUGAAAAAAUGAUCCAGGCUUUCGGCCUCAUUCCUGGCACUCCUCCAAGCUGACAGAAGACGAGUCUGAGCCCGCCGGGUCUGAGGCCGCCCCAGCACCCGUGUGGCAGGAUAAACAUGAAGCCAGGCCUAAAGAGGCAUCCGGUGAUGGUGACCAGCGGGCUGAGCAGACCCCUCAGCUGAGCUCUGUGAGCAGUAUGGAGAGAUUGGAGCGUCCCCACCAGCCAGGUCAUCUCUCCCCUCCUGACCCGCUCGGCGUAUCGGGGGCUAAACGAGACGUGGGGUUCAGCUGCUUCUCCGGCAGCUCCAGCCCUCCUGGCCACGACUCCUGCGCGGCUGGUAGAAAAGGAGCCAACGCAGAAAACAUUUUCUUCAAAGGCUUUCAGAGCGAAGGGUCUCAGCAGAGCGAGCGCCACAGAUACCUGCAGUCAUCUCUUGGGAACGGAGGCUGCGAGGGGUCGAGGGCCGAGGAGCAGCCUGCAUCUCAGGUUUCUGUUGCAGGGAGGCCCGGUGUUGGCCCGCUGUGGCAGGUACCAGAGAAGAAAAGGUCCCAGUCUCCUCCUGCUCCUCCCCCACCUCUCCGCAGCGACAGCUUCGUCGCCACAAAGGUGUUCCCUUAUUCCGACGGGCCUUUGGCUCCACCAAAGAGCCAGGCCAGGUCCUUUGAGAAACUGAUGGAAAACAAUCAGAACUUCCUCAGAUUUCAGAACCACAACCAGCUACAUCCCAACAAACUCUUCUCCUUGUCCAGCAGUGACAUCAGCCAGUCCCAUUACACCCAACCACCUGCACACCAGAGGCAGUACAGCGAUGAAAGCCCUUUCUACCUGCAGACCCGGACCGCUCCUCCUUCAAAGACCCAAAGUGUUGGAAGCUACUACCGCAGCCUCCAGGAUCUGCCCACCAACGCUUUCAGCCGCAAGCAGGUUCGCCACUCCACCGCUUUCAUGGCAGGCUGUGCCGCAAACCCAAAACGGGAGGGCGGAGGACAUACCAGAUACUACAGCCUGGCAGGUAAACACCUGGUCCAGCCUGGUGAGCGCAAGACCAGGCAGAGCCGAUCAGACAGCUGGAAGGGUGAGCUUGAUAAACCACCCUGGAUGAGCAGCAGUGACUCCAGCUUCUGUAGUUCACUCAAGACACACAUUAAGGCAACGUGCUCCACUCCUCAGUUCCAGGUGUCUCACGGUGAGAAGAAGGAUCGCAACGCCGGCUCCCGUCUUAGAAAUGGUCUUCACUACAAGAACCAGACCUAUGAAGUUUCUGUUCAGAGCCGCAGCCCAGGAGAUCCUCUGAAGGGACCUCCUAACAAUAUGAAAAGACUCUAUCAAACAAAUCAGAACAAUGAACAUAAGGUCAGCGUUUCGAGACACCAGAACCCUUGGGUGCCUCAAGAAGAUCAUCGAAUAUCUGCCCUGAAAACUCCACUCCUCCACUGUUUGGCCCAGGAGAGUAGGAGUCUGGCUGAGAGGCAACCAACAGCUUCUUCAACUUCUUUGAUGUCUUCCCCGGAUGGCAGCAGCCCCUCGACUAGCAGCAGUGCGAAAGCAAACCGCCGCAGUGACCGUUACGCCACCACGCUUCGUAAGGAGGUCCAGCAGAAGAGAGCCCAGCUGCAGAAGAGCCGCAGCGCUGCAACCCUCACCUACGAGGCUGAAGAUGACGACGCAGAAGAGUGGAGAUCCACAGAGACCUCUGCCUCCUCAAAUACCUACAAGGACCAUUUAAAGGAGGCUCAAGCAAGGGUUCUCCAGGCCACGUCCUUCCAGAGACGUGACCUGGAGCCCCAAGGACCAGAGGCCGCAGUUCACAAACCAUCUCAUGGACGCGUUAGAGGACGUAGGCAGUUCCACCCAGCUAAGAGGAUGCACUCCUUCUCUGAGCCUGAUAAGAUGGACAAAGUAGGAGUAGAGGGAGAAUCCCAAACCAGCUCAGAUCCAGAACGGAAGUUUUUUGAAACCAAACCAACAUUCUUCAGGCCUGCGCCGGGGUCGGUUCAUGGACCAAACCAGAGCGCCAGCCUCAAUGAAACAAGUAAACCAGAGGAGACCCACCCACCAUCAGACCCAAACCGGCUAAGUCCUGGAGAUGAGCAGGUCUUAAUGGAGCAGCAGAGACUGGGCACCUUUGCUGAGUACCAGGCCACAUGGAACAAGCAGAAGAAGUCAUCAGACACCAAAACACAAGGGAGAUAUCAUUCAGCGGAGAACAUCCUGGAUGUGAGUGCUGAGGAGAAGGCUGCCUGUAUCCAUGAGAGAUCCCGAUCUUCACCUUCUGCUGAUUUCUGCACACAGAAAACUCCCUCCCUUCACAAAGAUCCACAAGAGCAGCGUGGCGGUUUGGCCUCCAGAGAGAAGACGGAGAGCAGGUCGCCUGACCUCAGCCCACAGCCGGUCUCGUCAGUCCUCAGAAACGAGGGGACUGUCCCAGAUCCUGACCACAGGACCAAACCCAACAGCAUCAGUCCCUCGCACACCGCGCUCUCCUCUGGUCGGCGCAGCGUCAGCCCCAGCCCUGGCUCCAAGCAGCCAGCUCAGUCUCCACAAACCCAGAGCCUCCUGCCACCACCCAGGCCCCUUUUAGGUCCACAAACCACAUCCUCCUCCCAGGAAUUCCUUACUGGCGCCCAGUUGGACCCAGCAGCACUCCAGCCUAUGUCCAGCUCUGGUUCUGACAGCCAGAAGCAUCCAGCUGCCCACUCUUCCUCUGCUGGUCCCACCCUGACCAGUUCUCCUCUCAGCACAACGUCUGGACCAGACUCCAGUCAGAGGGUAGAAACCCUGGAGGAGAAGGAGCAGCUAGCAACUCCUUCCUCUACUCCUCCUCCUCCUCCUUCAUCUUCAUCCUCCCUCGCUCACCCUGAAACAGAUCGAGCUCGCUCUCCUUCACCUCUGUUUGUGCCUCUCAGGCUGACCGACAAACCCCCGGCUGCGGUCGAGCAGGAUGACUCACAGCUCAGAUCAGAAACAGAGCUGCAGGCCCCAGCCGUGAUGGAUGUGAGCGAUCUGAAGAAGGUUCCCGUCAGGAUCGUCCACUCGGAGGCCAGAUCAGAGCAGACCGGCAUCGUCCCCGAAGCGCCGCCCCACAUCUCCACCCUUCAGCCAGACCAGGAGAAGGGUCGUGGUCCAGACCGGAGUCAGGACUCCAAGUCGGCAGGUGACCAUCACCUCCGGGAAGAGGCCAAGAGAGAAGAGCUGGCCAGGGACAUCAUGGGGAGAGAUAAGUCCCUGGUGGACAUCCUGGAUCAGAGUGGAAGGAAGACCACCAUGGACCUGAUGGAGGGACUCUUUGCUCCAGAGGAGAAGAUUCUGGUGGGAGCUCAGCAGAGGAGGAGGGCGUCAGCGGGCUCCAGGCUGCCCACCUCCAACAGGAGGGAGGAAGAGGAGGUGUCAGCGUCAGCCUCUCUAGUCCCCAGCUCCUCCUACUACAGUACCUCAGCUCCCAAAGCUGAGCUCCUCAUCAAGAUGAAGGACAUGCAGGAGGAGCUAGAGGAGCAGGACUCUGAGGACGAGCUGGACGUCGACCUGGCCAGUAAAAAGCAAGAGCUCAUUUCCAGCCUGGCUGGGAAGCUAGAGGUGCUACGGGAGGCACGGCAGAGCUUGCAGGAGGACGUGGAGGACAACGAGGCUCUGGGUGGAGAGGUGGAGGCCACCGUGCAGCGCCUCUGUCAGCCCAACCAGCUGGAGAAGUUCCGCAUGUUUGUGGGGGACCUGGAUAAGGUGGUGAGCCUGCUGCUGUCGCUGUCGGGGCGACUCGCCCGGGUGGAGAAUGCCCUCAACAGCCUGGAGGAUGAGGCUCCGCCUGAGGAGAAGCGUACCUUAACGGAGAAACGAAAGCUGCUGAUGAGGCAGCACGACGACGCCAAGGAGCUGAAGGAGAACCUGGACCGUCGGGAGAGGCUGGUGUCCAGCGUCAUGGAGUCCCACCUGGACCCGGAGAGCCUGGACGACUACAAACACUUUGUUAAGAUGAAGUCGGCUCUCAUCAUCGAGCAGCGGAAGCUGGAGGAUAAGAUCAAACUGGGUGAGGAGCAGCUGAAGUGCUUGGUAGAGAGUCUGCCGCUGGAGCAGAGACCUCUGCUGUGAGAUCCAGACUGGGACAGCAGGAAGACCAACGGGAAUUCUCACAUCUCAAAUGGAGAUUUGUAACAUUUUUAAUAUUAUUCAUGACUUUUUGAGUCUAGAUCUCAGAUAGUUUUGCUGACAGAACCCAAAAAUGAGCUGGAUUUCUGAACAUGGACCUAAAAAGCAGGUUUCUUUCUGUGAGAACAUUGUUUGCUUCUUAAUCGGAUCGAUUGUGAGGGACGCUUGUACAGAUUUUAAAACUAAGAGAACAAAGUUUUUUACUGCUGAUCUGCUGGUUCCUGUGGAAUGAUCGGACUCCUAAUAAAGAUGGGGUUAACAAACCAAACCUCUGUUAGAUUAACUCGGAUUAAAUCACGUUUCUGCAGGUUUUCAUCUCUAUAGUGUCAUUAUUUAUGUUGUUUCUUGAGCUUUUCUCUCCUGUCGGACUUAAUUAUCACCUGCUGGUUUUAAUAUCUUCUAGUAAUUUAUUGUAGCGUUUCUGAAGGAAUAAAGACUAAAGAGGGGUUUUAAUUUUAUUCCCUCGAUUUGUUUUAAAGCGUUUUAUGUACAUAUAUAUAUAUUAAUCUCAUCAAUCCUUGUUGUGUUUACUUUACCUGUAACUUCUGCGUAUACUUCAGGCUGAAACAAACAUGUGAAUUUAAACCCUAACUGGACUUCAGACGCUAACACUGCUGGAUUAUUAUUCCUGCUCUCAUCUGCAGUUUGAAUCCGAAACUCCUGUUGUAUCGUUAGCACUUUGUUAUUCUUUUUGUCACGUUUUGCUCUCCGUACUUCUGGAGAUGUGCCUCCUGGAGCUUCUCACUGGGACCUUCAUGUCUCGACGCUCAGCGUCUUUACGGCAUUAAAGUGAAACUGAAUCAUG